AUGACAUCAGACGGGAAAGUCUUACUAAAACUUCAGGCCGCUCACACAGUCCAAGAUAUUCGAGAUGACACUUGCUUAGUAGUUGGCGUAAUUCGGCCCUUGCAAAGGAAGCGACAUCCUGAUCAUGGUUUAUAUUCAAAGAUCCAAGAUCCAGUUCAUGGCGGUAAUCAGCGUCACCCUCGUACGAGUCGAAAUAAUUGUUAUCAAGGUAUAGGGUCUGUCUUUCAUGAUAUACCAAUCGGCGUAGGGAGGAUUGGUGAUGGAGAAUGCCACUGGCAAUACUAUCAGAAAAGAUCUCAACGUCAACAGCAAGGUAAAACAGCUCUUGGAGGCCUUGAAAGGAGUUGA